AUGGCGUCGCGAUCCCCAUCGCGCCAGUCAGAAUCCUCCUUCGGGUCCACAUCGCAGACGCAAGAUAAGCCCGACGUCGGCCUUUUCAAGAGAAUAUGGCAAAAGACGGGCUUGGACCGCCCGACAAUUCUAUUGAUGAUGAAGGGCGGUCUUGCCCCAACCAUAGCGGUGGCCAUAUACCAAGCAAUGCCAGUUGCACAUGAGUAUACUACUCUGGGCUAUCUGGUCGCCAUCAUUUCCAUUUUGGGCUUCGCCAUCAUGCCUCGGGCGAAGUUCAUCCAAAUGAUGAUUUUCGAUGUCUUGGCUGUUUGCAUAGCGGCAUGUUUUGCCCUGUUGACAAUGUAUUCCAGCGUGAAGGCUCGCCAGCAUACAUCUACCAAUGGCACUGACACCUACAACUCCUCUGCAUCUGCGGUGAGUGGUGUCUGGCUGUUCUUCCAGAUUUGGAUGGUUCACACGUUCCGCGCCAAAUACCCGCAACUGCAGUUCCCGGUGAUCAUCUACGGAAUCUUUGCGAAUGUCUCUUCGGUCUACGCACCCACAAUGAUGAACAUGACUUCUGCGAUCAGCCUAGUAGAGCGCAUGCUGAAAUCAUUUUUGACCGGGCUCGGGAUCUCGACCGUGACAUCCAUGUUCAUUCUCCCAAUGACCUCACGCCAGGCUGUUUUUAAGCAAAUGGCCGGGUACAUCGGUGCGCUUCGUUCGGCCUUGACUGCGCAUGCUGUUUAUUUUGAAAGUUUGGAGAAGGACGACAUGUUCGGUCGCGCGGAGACGGUUGAUGACGCUCGCGAAAAGUUCAGCAAGAAGGGAAAGGUGUACAGCACCGAGGCGGAGGCAAUCCGCAGUGCGAUCCGGCAGAUCACGGAUGUCCAUGCGAAGCUUCACGGUGACCUGACCUUUGCCAAGCGUGAGAUCGCAUUGGGGAAAUUGGGGCCUGAUGACCUGCAGGCGAUCUUCCGUCAUCUUCGCCAGAUCAUGAUCCCUGUCGUCGGCUUAAGCUUUGUGGUCGAUAUUUUCCAGCGACUCUCGGACUACAACAGGUGGAACCAGCCCAUUGACAUGAACAUGGAUGUUGUCUCUGAGGACGUGCGACAACGGGCUGUGCACGAGUGGAAUGACAUCAUGCGAGCGGUCCACGAUCCAUUCGCCAUGAUGAUCAAAACCCUUGACGAGGGUUUAUUGCAUAUUUCCUACACAUUCAGGCUCACCAAGCCCCCAAAGCGAACUUCCAAUUCCGACACAGGUGGCGAUGUCGAGGCUUCGGCUGAAGGCACGGCACCUGGAGAUAAGGCAUUCACUGAACAUUUUGAAAAGCAGCUUGGCAAGUUCAGAAGUGCGAAACGUCUCGCGCUGCAGACGUGGGCAGAGGAGAAAGGCAUCACACUGCCACCCGACUUCUUUGAUCAUCCCACCUCUCCUGAUAUUCUUCAGUCUGAUUUCUUAGAUACCUCGGCAACACAAAAGGAGAGAAGUCGACGCCAACUGUAUCUGUUCCUCUAUAUGGAACAAUUACUCUAUUCUACCGGUCAGACAGUUCUGAAUUUUGUUCGUUAUGCCAAUCACGUCGAGGCGAAAGGAAAGCUGUCUCGAACUCGAUUGGUCAUUCCUGGAGGAAAGCGCAUCUGGAAAUGGGCAGGGUCUUUUCUGAGUGCCGAGGACUCGCAUGACGACGAUAACCUCGGCGACAUCCACACUCAGAACAACAUUCUGCAACUCGGUGAGGCCUAUAGGCUUCGCAAAGACCCGGAACAUCUACCACCUACCACCUUUUUCCAAAAGUGUGGAGAUAAAGUCCGGGUCCUGCCCUGGUUUCUUCGCUCCUUUGAAUCGACUUACGGAUUCAGAGUCGCGUUGGCGACCAUGACGAUCGCCGUAGUAGCUUUCCUCCACGACACGCAGACCUUUUUUACGCAACAACGAUUGGUUUGGGCCAUGAUCAUGGUCAAUCUCAGCAUGUCGCCGACCUCCGGUCAGAGCAUUUUCAGUUUCGUGCUGCGGAUUCUCGGGACCACAAUUGCAAUGGUAGCAAGUCUUCUGAUUUGGUACAUCCCCGAUCAAAAGACUCCUGGCAUCAUUGUCUUCCUAUUCAUCUUUGUCUCCAUCGCUUUCUAUAUUCCCAUCAAGGUGUUCCGCUUCCGUGUUGUGGGAAUUAUCAGCAUUGUCACGACCACCAUGAUCAUUGGAUAUGAACUCCAAGUGCGGAGGGUCGGAGAGGCUGUGGCAACUUCGAAUGGACAGCCAUUCUAUCCCAUAUACCUCCUUGCACCAUACCGCCUGGCUACAGUUUCAGGUGGUAUAGCUGUCGCGUUCUUUUGGACAUUCUUUCCCUAUCCAAUCUCCGAGCACUCAGUCCUUCGUCAGAGUCUGGGCGCAUCUUUGUAUCUCCUCGCCAAUUACUAUUCCAUCAUCCACGAAACGAUCUCCGGUCGCAUGCGUGGUGACGAGGGCGACUACCUCCUCAAGAGCUCCGCCGGUCGCAAACUCGAGAAGGCCCGGCACAAAGUCUUUUCAAAGCAGAUGCUCAUGCUGGCCGGCUUGCGGACAUAUUCCGAGUUCUUACGAUGGGAGGUUCCGAUUGGUGGACAAUUUCCCAAAAAGCAGUACGACUCGAUCAUUGUUUGCGUCGAGAAUAUCGUCAAUUACCUGAGUUUGUUGGGAUACGCCUCCGAUACACUGAUGAAUCUCGGUGACGGGGAUGAUGUCUCAGACAACGCUUGGAUGCACGAUUUCCGACGACUCGUCGGUACCGCCAAGGUCACAACUCAUGAAGUCACAUCUUUGCUAUGCCUUCUUUCGGCCAGCAUCACAAACCGGCAACCUCUUCCACCCUAUCUCAAAGCCCCGCGACCGUACAGUUUCACCAAGCGACUCGAGGCACUCGACAGUGACAUCCUUAGCCUCCGACACAUUGCCGAACCGGGAUUCGCAGCAUUUGCGGUUCUGCAGAUUUCGACUAGAUGUAUUGUCGGAGACGUGGACCGACUACUCCGCCAUGUCAAGAGCCUGGUCGGCGAAUUGGAUUUCUCUUUCCAUGCUGUGAGCACUGCGGAAUCCAUGGCUGCGUCGCGAAUGCCCUCUCGGAUGGGAUCAAGAGUAGAUGUCAGCCAGGUUCCGUCGACUAGCAACGGUGAUCGGGACAAAACUGAUUGA